CGCUGCGCAGCCGCUGCCCGGAAGCGGCGGAGCAGAACCCGGCGAGGGCAGCGCGGCCGCUCCCGCCUCCGCCGCUCGGUUCCUCCCGCGCCGCGUCCCGCCGGCCCCGUUACCGACAUGUUCCUCACGCGCUCCGAGUACGAUCGGGGUGUGAACACUUUUUCUCCAGAGGGGAGGCUGUUCCAAGUGGAGUAUGCCAUCGAGGCCAUAAAGCUUGGUUCCACAGCCAUUGGGAUCCAGACCUCAGAGGGUGUGUGCCUGGCUGUGGAGAAGAGAAUCACCUCCCCCCUGAUGGAGCCCAGCAGCAUCGAGAAGAUCGUGGAAAUUGAUUCCCACAUAGGCUGUGCCAUGAGUGGCUUAAUAGCUGAUGCAAAGACUUUAAUUGAUAAAGCAAGAGUGGAGACUCAGAAUCACUGGUUCACCUACAACGAGACAAUGACGGUGGAGAGCGUGACACAGGCCGUGUCCAACCUGGCACUGCAGUUUGGGGAGGAGGAUGCAGACCCAGGGGCGAUGUCCCGUCCGUUCGGCGUCGCACUGCUCUUUGGAGGAGUUGAUGAGAAGGGACCUCAACUGUUCCACAUGGACCCAUCGGGAACGUUCGUUCAGUGCGAUGCCAGAGCCAUUGGCUCCGCCUCGGAAGGUGCUCAGAGCUCUCUGCAGGAGGUUUACCAUAAGUCAAUGACACUGAAGGAAGCCAUCAAAUCUUCCCUUGUUAUCCUGAAGCAAGUCAUGGAGGAGAAACUGAAUGCAACCAACAUUGAGCUUGCCACGGUGGAGCCUGGGCUGAAGUUCCACAUGUACACAAAAGAGGAGCUGGAAGAGGUCAUCAAGGAUAUUUGAAAGGGCAGAGGGGCCCCUCCAAGGCUCGUCCCACCCCCAGCCCAGUGAACUCUCAGUUCCUGCCGGUACCAGUGAUUUGUUUCUUUUCCAGCAGCAUCUGUAAUUGCUCUUCUUAGAAGGCUCCUGGAGGUGUUUUUUUACAGUUUCUGUACAUAACCAAUCUCUGCAAUAAGAGGAGAUGAGAAUAAAUCAUUUUGUUACUCUGG